GAACCGGGACGUGUUCUGACUUUCACACCUCGCGCUUGUAGAAGGAGCCGAUUGGACGGCCUAUUCACGUGGUUGCCGCGCGAUGACGCCCAUUCUCCUCAGCACCACGGAGAGCGCAGCUGGCAGGAUCCUGUGCGGCUGAGGAAAGAGACGGAGCAUCAUCCAUCCUGUAGCACAAGCCUGUCAGCCCUGCGGGACUGUGUCACCACCACUUGGCACCCGCCCUCUCCUCACAACUCACCCACGAGAGCCCGAAGCAUCCACUCUCGUGCCACCGCCUGUGGGAUCUACCUCAAGGGAGCCCCUCCACUCCCCGGCUGUUCCCUGCAGCCUGGAGGCCCCCGUGCUAAUUGCUGCAAUUACCUCACAUAUUCACCGUCACCUCCAGCUCUGGGACUGCCAUUGCCUGAUGGGACUGCUGUGAGAGCCGUGUGUGUACAGCAGCCCCUGCAAUGGUCACAACUGAAUAGACAGCAGCCUGGGAGCUUUUUAUUUCUACAACCACCAUUCACAGGAUUAGGGAUGUGUUUGUAUUGGGGACAGCCUUGGGGUCUGUAUAUACAGUAUAGCAGCCUGGGCUGGACAUGCUCCCCAUAGUGUCUGAAUAUACAUCUGUAUACACUCAAUAUACUCCACAUAAAGGAUUUCUUCUGAUUAAGGAACCUACAUCUCUGACCACUAUAUAUUAGGGACAUUUGUGCAUGUGUUUUAGCUAUAGCACAAGGGGCAACUGUUUGGGGCACUUGGCAACUGUGCCACCCGUGUGGGGCUAAAGUAGGAGACACAGACUCAAGUGGGGCGGGUGCAGAUAUCUGUGGGAGGGAGCCGUAAAGAAAUUCUUCUUGAAUGGGACGCAGGUGCUUUACUCUAUAGGGCAGCUUUGAUUAUAAGGCAUUCGGAGAUAAUGGUGGGAUAGACGGUGUAAGUAUAGGGGCUGCGGUUGGAAGCUAGUGGAGAGAUCAGACCAGUAAGUUGGGCAGGAGUUGAAGGGAUUGCAGAAGGUGGAGGUAGACGAAGGUAUAACAAUUAGAUGGAUGAACAGGUGCAGAACCUGUUUGGAACUGGUUAAAAGGAGCUACAAUAAGACUUGCGUGGGUGCCGAAUCUGUAUGUAUCAGACAACUUUGCUUCAGAUAGAUAUAGACAGCGCAGGCCCUUCGUUUAUUUUGGUAUCAGAAUAUUUUUUUGAUGGUGCUGCUGAGUAAAUAUAUCUUGGAUCUUGUCAUUGACUGACCUAUGCAAUAUAUGGGUAUUGAGUGUGCGCCUGGGAUAUAUAUAAAGUAAUGCACGGAAAACCAACAAUAGGAACUGCCUAGAGGAGUAGGCACGGCACUGGUGUAGUUGAUCUUAUGGGGCUUUUCUGUAAAAAGACAGGAAAAUUUUAGCCGGCUGUAUAAGUACUGUUGAGUAUGAUCUGCUAGAAGACUGGUGCCAGUCAGAUUUUUGGAGGUGCCAAAGCAUCUGGAAGCAACCGGGGUAAAGAUGUAUAGAAAAACACAGUAAGACCUCAAACGAGUAAACCCAUUUUGUAAAUGUUGAGGGUUCGGUUUUUGUUUAUAUUUUUUGAAAAACAUAUUUUUCCAAAACAAUACUUUGUUAAUUAUUGUACACUGUAAUAUGCCAGGUGGAUAUAGUUAACUUUGCCAGGCACUUUGGAUACGAUUAUUUGGAACCACAAGGAAAAACAAAAACACACAUUUGGGGACUAUUUUAUUAAGCAUAAACUUUACCGUUGCUAUUAAGAAGACUUGUGGAAUGAUGGCUUGGUUCAUUCACACCUAGCUCUGUCUUUAUUGCCAUCUCUAUUUGAUUUUCACCCGGACAUCCCCAAUCUCUUCUGUUUCUAAUACACUACUUGGGAAUGAAAACUGUGGUUCUGUGCGUCUGACCUCCAAGAGGUGACCAAAGAUGAAGAAGUUUCGUAAAGUCUUGGAUGGUCUGACAGUUGGUGGAGGAACUGUAGCAGCAGCAGGUGGCUGCCCUGUGUAUUCAACUGGUCCCACAGGAGUGAUAGUGUCCCCUCGAGACACAGAAGUCCAGGAGAACUUGACUUCUGACCAGUUUCAUGUCUGCAAGACUGUACGACAUGGAUUUCCACAUCAACCCACAGCUUUAGCUUUUGAUCCUGUACAGAAGAUACUGGCGAUCGGGUCACGGACUGGAGCUGUACGAAUAUUGGGCCGGCCUGGAGUUGAUUGCCAUUGCCACCAUGACAGUGGGGCAGCUGUACUGCAUCUACAAUUUCUAAUUAAUGAGGGUGCCUUGGUUAGUGCGUGUGCAGAUGAGACGCUUCAUUUGUGGAACCUGAGGCAGAAACGACCGGCUGUCCUUCAUUCACUUAAAUUUAAUAAGGAACGGAUCACAUGUUGCCACAUACCGUUCCAGAGUAAGUGGCUCUAUGUUGGAACGGAAAGGGGGAACACGCACAUUGUAAAUAUUGAAUCCUUUGUUCUCUCUGGAUAUGUUGUCAUGUGGAACAAAGCAAUAGAAUUAUCAACAAAAAAUCACCCAGGUCCAGUUGUACACUUAAGCGAUACUCCUAGAGAUGAGGGGAAGUUACUAAUAGGUUAUGAAAGCGGAACAAUAGUUCUCUGGGAUUUGCGAUGUAAAAGAGCCGACCUAAGAUUUUAUUACGACGAGGCCAUUCACUCUAUUGCCUGGCACCAUGAAGGGAAGCAGUUUAUGUGCAGUCAUUCAGAUGGCAGUCUCACGGUAUGGAAUGUAAAGAACCCCAGCAGACCCUCUCAGAUCACUGUUCCCCAUGGGAAAAGUCAAAGAGAUGGGAGGAAACCUGAAUCAUGUAAACCAAUUUUACAAGUAGAAUACAGGACAUGUAAAAACAGUGAACCCUUUAUCAUUUUCUCUGGAGGACUAUCCUAUGAUAAAGCCUGUAGGAGACCCAGUUUAACUAUCAUGCACGGAAAAUCCAUCACUGUACUGGAAAUGGAUCAUCCAAUUGUGGACUUUUUAACUCUUUGUGAAACUCCAUACCCCAAUGAAUUCCAGGAACCAUAUGCUGUGGCAGUUCUACUGGAGAAGGACCUUAUCAUUGUUGAUCUUACCCAGAGCAAUUUCCCAAUCUUUGAGAAUCCCUACUCCAUGGAUAUCCAUGAAUCACCGGUCACCUGCACUGAAUAUUUCGCAGACUGUCCUCCUGAUCUGAUUCCAGUGCUUUAUUCAGUAGGUGCUAAGCACAAAAAGCAAGGCUACAGCAACAAGGAAUGGCCAUUAACCGGAGGAGCCUGGAACCUGGGAAGCCAAACCUAUCCGGAAAUCAUUGUUACAGGGCAUGCUGAUGGCUCAGUAAAAUUUUGGGAUGCUUCUGUUUUCACGCUCCAGAUGUUAUACAAACUGAAAACCUCAAAGGUAUUUGAGAAACAGAAGCCAGGAGAAGAGAAACAAACAGCAGAAAUAGUGGAAGAGGAUCCAUUUGCCAUCCAGAUGAUCUCCUGGUGCCCUGAGAGCAGAGUCCUCUGUGUAGCUGGUGUCUCAGCUUAUGUUAUAGUUUAUACGUUUAGCAAACAUGAAGUGCUGAUGGAUAUAGCGUCCUUAGAAGUUCGGCUGCAGUGUGAGGUUGAAGACAUCAUUACUCCUGAUCCAGACACUAUCUCUCCAUUUCCCGAGCCCACUUCUCAGCCUCUGUGCUCAAAGAGCAAGAAUCUAUCAGGCAGUGCAAACACAGUGACAUGCGAGGGGCCCCUGAAAGAUAGUAUCCCAUGCCUAAGUGUGAAGAGUCGCCCGGUGAGGAUGCCUCCAGGGUACCAGGCAGAGCUUGUCAUUCAGCUCCUAUGGGUGGAUGGAGAGCCGCCUCAGCAAAUUACUAGUCUAGCUGUGAGCUCUGCUUAUGGCCUAGUUGCCUUCGGGAACUGUAAUGGCUUAGCAGUGGUGGAUUAUAUCCAGAAAACCGUUUUACUAAGCAUGGCAACUAUCGAUUUAUAUGGCUCCAGUGACCCCUAUCAGAGGCAGCCACGUUCACCACGGAAGAGUAAGCAGUUCACUGCAGACAACUUUUGCAUGCGUGGCCUGUCUAAUUUUUACCCAGAUUUAACGAAAAGGAUCCGUACUUCUUAUCAGAGUCUAACUGAACUUACAGACAGUCCUGUUUCCCUGGAGCUGGAGCGCUGCAAAUCCCCCACUUCAGAUCAUGUUAACGGCCACUGCACGAGUCCUACUUCUCAGACUUGCAGUUCGGGUAAACGCAUCAUCACUGCUGAUGGAGUGAAAGCCAAUCGCAGAGGUCCAGGUCGGCCACCCUUUCGGAAGGCGCAGUCUGCGGCCUGUAUGGAGAUAUCCUUGCCAGUCACUUCCGAAGCAGUAGGUUACAUUUCCAGACGGGCAAUGCUUCAGCAAUUACACGGAGUCAGUACUUUCUCAAAUGACGAGUGCCACUAUUCUUCCAACACGUGUGCCGACAAAGAAAGCCGUGAGAGUUCCUUCAGCCGAUCUCGGAGCUCCAGCGUGUCCAGCAUUGACAAGGAUUCUAAGGAGGUCAUUACUACUCUCUAUUUCAUGGAGUCCUUUGCCCGUAAGAAUGACCAGUCACUCUCUCCAUGUCUGUGGACGGGGACCAGCCUUGGAAUGGUUUUGCUCAUUUCUAUUAACAUGCCUUCUACGGAGGAGCAAAGACUGACGGAGCCAGUGAUGGUGUCGCCAAGUGGUACUGUAUUAAUGCUGAAGGGAGCCAUACUGACCUUCUCCUGCUUGGACUGCACCGGCACCUAUAUACACCCACCUUAUGAGAUCUGGAGAGACCCCAACAGCACAGAGGAGAAUGAGAGAACACGAAAACGGAAACUGGUCACAUUCUCACCAUCAUCUUCCCAGGAUAUGGGAGAUCACCAGUUUGCCGUUAUCUGCUCAGAAAAACAAGCCAAAGUUUUCUCACUUCCCUCUCAAACAUGUUUGUAUGUGCACAACAUCACUGAAACCUCCUUCCUCCUGAGGGCAGAUGUGGUCACCAUGUGCAACAACGUUUUGCUGGCAUGUUUCUGUGCAAAUGGCCAUAUUAUGACAAUAAGCCUCCCAAGCCUGCGUCCAUUGCUGGAUGUCAAUUACCUGCCCCUCACAGAUAUGAGAAUAGCACGAACUUUCUGCUUCACUAAUGGGGGGCAAGCUCUGUAUCUGGCGUCUCCCACCGAGAUCCAGCGGAUAACCUACAGCCAGGAGAUGUGUGACAGUCUGCAGGAGAUGCUGGGGGACCUGUUCUCACUAGUACAGACACCAGAGGCUCAGAACAAGGGCUUCUUGACUGUCUUGUUUGGUGGAAGUGCUCAGACCUUUGACAGAGAAGAGCUCUUUGGUGAGGCCACAGCAGGAAAAGCCUCUCGGAGCCUUGCACAGCAUAUCCCAGGGCCGGGAGGAUUUGAGGGGGUCAAAGGGGCAGCAACUGGGGUUGCCGGUGACUUGCACAGAGCUCGCAUUGCUUUGGAUGAGAGAGGACAGAGGCUGGGAGAGCUGGAAGACACUACAGCAGCUAUGAUGUCCAGCGCUGAAGCUUUUUCUAAACAUGCACAUGAGCUGAUGCUGAAAUGCAAAGACAAGAAGUGGUACCAGUUUUAAACUGAGAGAGAGCAAGCGAUGUGAUCCUUUCUGUGGACCAGUACUUAGAGCUUUUCCCUAUGUGUGGGUUACUCAGCUCCAGCAUUCUCCACUGAUGCAGUGCCCAACACCUUCCCCAUGGUUGACCAUACUGUUCCCAGAGGAGCAAAUCGAAACUGCACCUCAUUUUCUUUGGAAAGCCCUUUGCUACCUGAGAAGACUAAAGAACUUUCGGAAAGAAAAGGUUCUUCCAGGAGCUGAGGGCUCAUAUCUCCAUUAGAUCUAUUCUCCAAAAGAUUCGGAAGAGGGCAUGUCAGCUUUUGUGUUUUCUGAAAUCAAAAAUAUAAAUGUCCUGUAUCCUGUAAAAUCUAGGAUGUUAAUCGCACUCAAUUGAAGAAAAAAAAUAAAAUUAAAAAAAAAAAAAUGUUGCAUGACAAGAUUCAACCCAAGAAUAGGCGCAUGCUGUAAGGUACAGGUGAGAACAGGGAACAAUCUGAUGGAGCGGCGAGCAUUCCUAGUGUGGGAUGGGCAGUAUUCUCAUUUGUGUGCCUAUUUGUUGCUGUUUAAUUUGCCAUAUCAAGCUUUGUUUCACUGUGUUAAGCCCAAGGCCAUGUCCUAGAGGAGCCCUGAGCAGCAUCAGCAACCUAACUUGUCAUAGAUUCAGUUCCCUGUGUGCACAGCUGUACAGAUGUGUAAAGAGGCUUGUACAGCAGUUGGGGGAGGGGGGUCCUGAAAGUGUCCAGUGAGGAUUUUAGAUUAUUACUGUUACCUCUAAAGGUUGGGACCGUUGUCCCUGUCCUGAAUAUCUUCUUCUGUAAAUGAAUCAGAAAAGCCUAUGUUUUAUGGAAGUGAAUAUGGCGAGGUGCCGGCUGUUUUCAAGAGGUAGGUACCCAAUGCCACAUUCUUCUAAUAGAGCAGUUCAAAUGAGAUUUAAAAAAUGUAUGUGUUUGAAAAUAAAGUGUAAUUUGAGAUCCCUAUAAA